GCUCGAGCUCUUCGCCUGCAUGAGAAUAUAAAUAUCCGUUCAACUCCCGAAGGCUUGUAACAUGGCUCUCGCGGGUGCUUUGCUGCCGUCGAUAACCGCCUUUUCAAACAGCCAGCUUUUGGACGAAAAACAUGCUGAAAUUGUCCGAGACUGGAACAUCGAUCCGGCCGAAAUCGACUCGACAGGUGCCAAGAGCUCGAAGCCCCUCAUCGAGGUUGAAUUCAGCAUCUUGGAGUCUCCGCCACUGACCAAGGACGAGGACGAACUUUCCAGGUUUUUGGAUUUAGAGUUCAUUUUGUCAAACUCGAUCACGUGCGACAGUGCCAAUACCUCGACUCAGCGACCACCCGCUUAUUCCUUACCGGAGUCACCGGAGAGCUGCAACACCGUGUACGACAGCGACGGCUCGAACCCGACUCCCAGCGUGUACAGUGGGACCGGGCACGGCCUUGUAGCGGAGCUGCUCACCCCAGACAUGAACUACCACGCAGAGUCACCAGAAGACUUCAACCUUAAAGGGACCUUCGACAGGCCGGAAUAUACUGAUCUUAGCGUACUGAACACCCACAGUCAGGCACACGUGCACAUGCCGACUCCAAAUGCUCUGGGAUACAAAAUAAAAACCGAAAAUCACGAGCAGUCUUGCAUGAUGGUAAAUGACUACAUGGGGCAGUUUUAUGGACAGAAACCUCACCCUUCUACACGCGCCCACAACCAGGCCCCUAUGCAGCCGUUUGGCCACCACAUGCAAGACAUGUCCCGGGAUAUGCUGGCCAGGAAGCAAGGUCACUUGUCAGAUAUGGACCCUCGUCACCAGAUGCACAUUGCGCAGCCUCAGCAGUACAUGAACCGCGCGCAUUAUCCACCACAGUAUCCCGGGCACCAAGGUGCGCCGCAGUAUCACGGACACUACGCGCUUUACGCGGAGCAAAUGCGCACGCAUCAUUCGGGGAUGUCUGGUAUGGUGUUGACUCCUCCGUCCUCGCCACUGCUGGAGUUUCUAAAUCCGGAGGACAUCAAGCCCAAACGUGGACGUCGGUCGUGGUCACGGAAGCGCAACGCGACGCACAGCUGCGAGUUUCCUGGCUGCGGGAAAACGUACACCAAGAGCUCGCACCUGAAGGCUCACAUGCGCACGCACACAGGUGAGAAGCCGUACCACUGUAACUGGGAGGGAUGCGGGUGGAAGUUCGCUAGAUCGGACGAGCUGACGCGUCACUACCGGAAGCACACGGGACACAGACCGUUCCAGUGCCACCUGUGCGAGAGAGCCUUCUCGCGCUCCGACCACUUGGCUCUGCACAUGAAGAGGCACAUGUAGACUGGCUGUGUGGAGGGGCGCACUGUAGUUAUGGUCAUACCUGCUUUGGAAUGGCUGUUGUAAAUACAACUCGGCGACUUAAAUUAUGGCAGUAUUUAAGAACAAGAGCGAUUCAUGAGAAAAUAAGUUAUUUAGUAAAGACCAGAAUGAUUCCUUUGUACAGAAACAGGGCAGGACCCAUAUUUUUGUACAUAUCUUUUAGAUCCCAAAUUUGUUCAUACAUUUUUGUUAAGACAUGGGAUACUUACAUUGGGUUUCAGUAGAAUUUAGGACCCUUUUAUGUGUCUAGUUUUGUACUCUUGACUUGUUUGAACAAAGAUUUUAAUAUCGGGUACUAAAACAUUUUUCAGCGAA